AUGGCUCCGACACCUCCAUCAUCGACAACGGUAGCAACAGUCAAUCAGAGUCAACAGCUAGCACCCCGUGAACAUACUCAGUUCAAAAAAGUUGUUCGAUUCUAUGAACAAAAACAAUAUAAAAAAGGACUCACAGCUGCAAAAGAAAUAUUAAAGAAAGCUCCAAAUCAUGGAGAAACAUUAGCAAUGAAAGGUCUAAUAUUGAAUUCAACGGGAAAAAAAGAAGAAGCACUAGAACACAUUCGUAAUGGUAUCAAGAAUAACAUGCAAAGUCAUGUUUGUUGGCAUGUAUAUGGUUUAUAUCAACGAUCAGAACGAAAAUAUGACGAAGCAAUUAAAGCCUAUAAACGAGCAUUGCAAUGUGAAAAAGAUAGUUUAACUAUACUACGCGAUUUAUCCCUACUUCAAAUACAAAUGCGUGAUUUAGAGGGUUAUAAAGAAACUCGUCAUCAAUUAUUUAUUUUGAAACCUGGUCAACGUGCAUCAUGGAUUGGUUUUGCCAUGUCCUAUCAUUUAUUAGGCGAUUAUGAUAUGGCAUUAAGUGUAUUGGAAGAAUUUCGCAAAAGUCAACAAGAUAAGCAAACAGAAAAACAAUAUGAUAUUGAACAUUCAGAGUUUUUAUUAUAUCAAAAUUUGGUAAUGCGAGAUGGUAAACAAUAUGAAGAAGCGUUAAAACAUAUACAAGCAUAUGAAAAAGAUAUUUUGAAUAAAUUAACAUUACAAGAAAUUAAAUAUGACUUAUACAUGCGAUUGAAUCAAUAUAAUCGAGCUGAAACAAUCUUGAGAGAUUUAAUCGAACGAAAUACUGAAAAUAAAAAAUAUUACUUUGAUUUAGAAAAAUGUUUAAAUAUGACAACGAGUAGUGAAAAAAUGAAAUUAUAUAAUGAUUUAAUUGAAAAAUAUCCGAGAGCUGAUGCACCAAAACAAAUAAGAUUACAAUUUUUAACAGGUGAACCCUUUUCUGAAGCUAUUGGAUCAUAUUUGCAAAGAGGUUUUCAAAAAGGUGUACCAUCGUUAUUUCAAUCCGUUAAAUUUUUAUAUUCAUCAUUAGAAAAAGUGCAAAUUAUUGGCUCUUUGACACAAACAUAUUUGAACAACUUGUUGACAUAUGGAACAUUUCAUUCACUUUCCGAUAAUAAUAAUGGUGUGAUGGAUGAAGAUAUUGAACCGGCCACAACACUCUUGUGGUUACAAUAUUAUUUAGCACAACAUUACGAUUAUCUUGGAAAUACAAAACUGGCACGUGAAUUUAUUGAUCAAGCAAUACAUGACACACCAACAUUAGUGGAAUUAUAUAUGUUUAAAGCAAAAAUUUAUAAACAUGCUGGUGAUUUUCAAGCAGCAGCAGUAUUAAUGGACGAAGCACAAUCAUUAGACACAGCUGAUCGUUUUGUCAAUUGUAAAUGUACAAAGUAUUUAUUAAGAGCGACUAAUAUUAGUGCUGCAUUAGAAGUUGCUGGAAAAUUUACAAGAGAAGGUUCAAGUCCCGGUGAAUAUUUAAAAGAAAUGCAAUGUAUGUGGUUUGAAUUGGAUUCAGCUAAAGCUUAUCGUCAAUUAAAGAAAUUUGGUGAAGCAUUAAAAAAAUGUCAUGAAAUUGAGAGACAUUUUCAAGAAUUUAUCGAAGAUCAAUUUGAUUUUCAUUCGUACUGUUUACGAAAAAUGGUAUUGUGUGCUUAUGUUGAUAUGCUAAAUUUAGAAGAUCAUAUGAAAGGACAUCGAUUUUUUCGUCAAGCAGCACAAAUGGCUGUUGAAAUUUAUAUCCGUCUUUAUGAUCGUCCAUUAUCGGACAAUGACAGUGACAAAAAUGAAAAUGCAGAUAAUAUGUCUGCUAGUGAAAUGAAAAAACAUAAAAAUAAACAACGUCGACAACAAGCACGUGAACAACAAGAAAAACAAAAACAAAUCGAAGCUGAUAGAAAAAAAAAAGAAUCACAACGAAGUAGACAUAAAGAUGAUGGUGAAGAAGAAAAAGUGAAAGAAGAAGAAUUAAUUGCAGAAAAAUUAGAAAGACCCGAAAAACCUCUUGAUGAAGCAAUGCGUUUUUUACAACCAUUAGAAGAUUUUUCACAGUCCAGUUUAGAAACACAUUAUUUAGGAUUUGAAGUUUAUUAUAGACGACGAAAAUAUAUGCUAAUGUUACGCUGUUUGAAACGGAUGAAAAAAUUCGAUUCCAGUUAUCCAAAAUUUCAUUCUUGUCUGUUAAAAUUUUUAAAGUUGGUUCAGAGCGAACCACUGACAGAUGAACGUUUGAAAAUAUUAAUUGAUGACGAAUUAAAAACAUUAUAUAAACAUGAUCGUUCUAUCGAAGAUAUGAAUCUUGAUUUUAUUAAGGAACAUUCAAAUUCUUUAGCUCAUCGUAUUGAGGCGACAAAAGUUAUGUUACUGUUGAAUCCAUCGAACAAUCUAAAAGCAAUUCAGUUUUUGACAACAUUAGAUCCAUCGUUUAUAGAUCAGAAUUACAAAACAUGUGCGAAUAUAUAUGAAUCUCUUAAAAUGGGCGAUUAUGGACAAUGUAGUACACAAACAAUCGAAAAUUAUCGUUCUGAAUGUCAUAAAUUAUGGCCAUUAGCUAAUUUAUUUUCUACAGUUCCUUCACAAGUACAACAUAUAGAUUCAACGUUACCUCCACCCUAUUCUUCAUCUUCUUCUGUUUCGUCAUCAUUUUCUGCUCCACCAAGUUACUCAACCUGUGUUUCAACAGAACAACAAAAUUUAACGCAACAAUUUAAUGGUUUAGCUAUGUGA